AUGGACGACAUGGAAUAUGAUGACGUAGGCCACCACGAAAUGGAGGAGGAGGUCCCGGAGGACGAAAUGGAGGAAGAAGUACCGGCUGAAGAUAUGUACGAAGGGGGUAAUGACAUUGCAGAUGAAGAUAAUAAGUUGCAAGUGCUGGACGAGUCACAUAAGCAGCCGAAUGCUAAACGUAUUACCACACGUUACAUGACUAAGUACGAACGUGCUCGUGUUCUAGGAACUCGUGCAUUGCAAAUCUCCAUGAAUGCACCGGUGAUGGUGGAUAUUGAAGGUGAGACGGACCCACUCAAGAUUGCAAUGAAGGAACUGCGUGAACGCAAAAUUCCCAUUAUCAUUCGCCGAUACCUACCAGACAAUUCAUUUGAGGACUGGAGCAUUGAUGAGCUCAUUAUUGAGUAG